UCAAAAACACGUGACUAAAAUCUGCCUUUUUAAUGGCAGCGAUCGGUGGAUGGUAAAAAUUUGUCAGGAUGCAGAUCUUUGUGAAGACUCUUACUGGAAAGACCAUCACCCUUGAGGUUGAACCCAGUGACUGCAUUGAAAAUGUAAAGGCAAAGAUUCAAGAUAAGGAAGGAAUUCCUCCGGAUCAGCAGCGGCUGAUAUUUGCCGGGAAACAGCUGGAGGAUGGACGCACUCUUUCGGAUUACAAUAUCCAAAAGGAGUCCACUCUUCACUUGGUGCUGAGGCUCAGGGGAGGUGGCAAGAAAAGAAAGAAGAAGAAUUACACUACCCCUAAGAAGAACAAGCACAAGAAGAAGAAAGUGAAGCUUGCUGUGCUUAAGUUUUACAAGGUUGACGAGAAUGGCAAGAUCACACGCUUGCGUAGAGAGUGCCCUAACGAGGACUGCGGUGCAGGUGUGUUCAUGGCGUCCCAUUUUGACAGACAAUAUUGUGGGAAGUGCUCCCUCACAUUUGUGUAUAACAAACCAGAGGAUAAAUAAAAUGCAAGGAAGGUACAACUAAGUAUCUAUCGGAGACUU